UCUCCACCAGCAUCCGCCUUUAAAAGCUCUACAGUGCAACUCCGGUCCGUAUAUUGUGGCAGACCAUACUCGGCAAGAUCCACUGAGAGCGUGUGUGACUACUUGGGCUGUUUUGAUCGGACAGUAGGCAAAGGUGCUUCUGGCGCAUCUGGAAGGUCAACCUGCUAAACAAUUAAUGAGGUUUAUAGUUUAGUUUAGGAUCCAAACGUGGUCAUUUGUGAACUUGGAUCGACCAGCCGUUUGCAGCCCUGCACCCGUAAGCGGAAUCCAGGAUGAGCUGUUGAGGCCAGGCUGCUGUUGCCGCUGUGCUGCCGAGGGUGGGGACAAAUCAGAUCUGUGAUUUGCUCGUUUGGUGUUCUGGCUGCCAUGGCGAAGAGCCCGGACGUUAAGCUGGCCGUGUUCGGCCGAGCCGGCGUGGGGAAAUCAGCACUUGUGGUGAGGUUCCUGACGAAACGCUUCAUCUGGGAGUACGACCCUACACUUGAGUCAACCUAUCGCCAUCAGGCAAAUAUCGACGAUGAGGUCGUCUCCAUGGAGAUUCUGGACACAGCAGGACAGGAGGACACGUUGCAGAAGGAAGGACACAUGCGCUGGGGCGACGGCUUCGUCAUCGUCUACGACAUCACUGACCGCGGCAGCUUUGAGGAAGUGGCCCCGCUCCGGGGCCUCCUGGAGGAGGUGAAGAAGCCCAAGAACGUGCCGCUGGUUCUCGUGGGCAACAAGGCCGACCUGGAGCACGCGCGGCAGGUGGGCACCGAGGAGGGUGAGCGGCUGGCUGCCGAGAUGGCGUGCGCCUUCUACGAGUGCUCGGCGUGCGCCGACGAGGGCGGCUGUGUGGCCGAGGCGUUCCACGAGCUGUGCCGCGAGGUGCGGCGGCGGCGUGCCGUCCAGGGCAAGGCACGUCGCCGUAGCUCCACCACGCACGUCAAACAGGCCAUCAACAAGAUGCUCACCAAGAUCAGCAGCUAGAGGCCGAGACGCUGCUAGGAGAAGAACGGAAGAUGAACAAGACAAAAAAAUAAAGACGAUAUGCCACUAUAACAUUAGUAUGUAAAAAAGAAUGACUGAAUUUGAUUGAAUGGACGCUGUUUUUAUAUAUAUACAUAUAUGUUAUGGUUAUAUUUCUCUUAUCUGGGCUGGGUAGCCUUUACUGGAGAGCAGUGUCAUGCAGGAACACAACACUUACAUCGGCUGCAUAGAUGGCAGUGGAACACAUAUUCUGUUGUUUUUUUCCAUGCUAAAAAUGACAUGGUUCUGGAAGACUCUAGACUAGAACAUUCUUGGAAGUGUUUUGAGGUGGUAAUCAUUGAACAGCUUUGAGGAACCCUGGGAGUUCUUAAUUUAGGACCGGAAGGCUUUCACACAAACACACAAGUUUAUCCGUAUGAAGGGGCAGACUUUUCAUGCUGUUAAGCUCUUUAAUCCUAUUCUCAUGGUCUGCUCUACAGUGAAUUUGAGACAACAGACUUAAACGUUACUGGCAUUGGCUUCAGCAAAGUUUGGUGGGGAAUGUUUUGAUAUGAUCCGGGCCCCCUGUUUGUGUAUUUACAGUCAGAGCAGAGCAACAUUGAAGGAUUCGUUGAAAAGAGUUAUCGUCUAAGACCACUAUGCAGCCGGCAGUCUUUUUCAGCCCCAUAGCACAUGGCUGACCCCCGCGAGCUCUGAGGCUGCUCGUCAAAUAAACCAUCAUUUGCCCACACAGACACGGCCUACACUCUGACAACAAACAAUCAACAUUCUCCCCCCCCCCCCGAAAAAAGCGCACUGGAACCCUUCUAUGUCUUUACUCCCUAGUAGGCCAGAGAUAUAAUCUGUUUCAAGGAAGCGGACCAAAAAAAAAAGAAAAACUCGGAGGAUGUGGUCAAACAGUCCCCCCAGCGCGUUAUUCCCUACUAUCUAAUCACUCUUGUUUCUUUCCGAGGGAGUUUCUUCCUGGGUUUUCACAUUUCCCCAAGCCAUCCUUCAGUCCAGCAACAUCCUGAGUGGAUGGGCCGUCGUAAUUGUAAUGUAUGUAUGUAUAAUACUGCCUUAACAUCUGAUGGUGAAUGGUUUGUUUUUCUUUCGUCCGGAAGUAUUCCUUAUGACUCCGUGCAAUAAGGGCAGAAUCAGCAGUUCGUAGACAUGCCUGUAUUUAAUGCCAAGCUGUUUCAUCUCUGAAUUAUACCGUGUUGUGUCCCUUAAAUCUAGAUAAUGAUUUUGAGUCAGGGAAAUACUUGGACUUUUUUUUUCCUGCUGUGCAAUUGUAAUGAAAGAUCGUUUAAAUAUAUGUAUAAAUGUUAUUAUUAAAAGACAGAAACAGACA